GUUUGGAUGAUCCGGUGUUCUGUAUGAGCGUUCAGAGUGGACUUUUCUCCUCCUUCUCCGACUCUUGGAUGUUUGUCAAAUGUCCGGGUUUCAGGCUCUUUCAGUUUUUCCUGAUGAGGUCCAUCAGCUGUCAGUGAAUAAAGAAGCAGCAUGCCCUGAGCAGCAGGAGAGGAGUGAGCAUCUGAAAAUUAAAGAUGAACCUGAGGAACUGUGGAGCAAUCAAGAGAGACAUCAGCUUCAAGAGCAAGAGGAGGAUGAUAUCAAGUUCCCUUUUGUUCCUGUCCCUGUGAAGAAGGAAGAUGAUGAAGAGGAGCCUCAGUCUUCACAGCAUUUUCAAAAACAAACCCAAGAGUCAGCCAGGAACUUCGAUCCAGAGAGAGAUUUACAACAAUAUUCUGAGGUCAAGAAUGAAGACUCCUCUGAUCCAGAGACUGAUGACAGCGCUGAUUGGAGGGAAAUGACAGAAGACCAGUCAGAUUCAACGUCAGUCAGGGACAGCACACAAACGAGAGCAACAAUUCCAAAGAAACUGUAUAUCUACUCAGAGUGUGUAAAAAGAUUUAAGGGUGCAACAGGUGUGAUUAGACGCAUGGUUGUUCAUACUAAAGAAAAACCCUUCAGCUGCACUGAGUGUGGUAAGAGAUUUCCCUAUAGAGGCAGUAUGAUAAGACACAUGAGAACUCACGAAGGAGUAAAACUUUUUGUCUGCUCUGUGUGUGAAAAGAGUUUUUCACAAAAAGGACAUUUAAAUCUUCACAUGAGAAUUCACACAGGUGAAAAACCUUUUGUCUGUUCUGUGUGUGGUCAGGGAUUUACCCAAAAAGGAAAUUUAACUGUUCACAUGAGAAUUCACACAGGAGAGAAACCAUUUGUCUGCUCUCAGUGUGGUCAAAGAUUUUACCGAAAAGGACAUUUAACUGAUCACAUGAGAAUUCACACAGGUGAGAAACCAUUUGUCUGCUUUGUGUGUGAUCAAAGAUUUUACCGAAAAGGACAUUUAACUGGUCACAUGAGAAUUCACACAGGUGAGAAACCAUUUGUCUGCUUUGUGUGUGGUCGGAGAUUUACCCAAAGAGGAGAUUUAACUGAUCACAUGAGAAUUCACACAGGAGAGAAACCAUUUGUCUGCUCUCAGUGUGAUCAAAGAUUUUACCGAAAAGGACAUUUAACUGGUCACAUGAGAAUUCACACAGGGGAGAAACCAUUUGUCUGCUCUCAGUGUGGUCAAAGAUUUUACCGAAAAGUACAUUUAACUGGUCACAUGAGAAUCCACACAGGUGAGAAACCGUUUGUCUGCUCUGACUGUGGACAGAGAUUUUCUCAAAAAGGAAGUUUAAAGAGUCACAUGGAAAUCCACGCAGGUGACAAACCAUUUGUCUGCACUGAGUGUGGCAAAACAUUUUCCCAUAAAGCAACUUUGACCAGACAUAUGCGAAUUCAUACUAGAGAAAAACCCUUCAGUGGCUGUCAGUAUGGUGAGAGAGUUACUGCAAAAUGA